CCCUGCGAUAGCUGCUAGUGUACUUAAUAACAUAUUUUAAUUUGAGAUGAAUCGGUCGAGUAGUUUUUUUUAAUAGAUCAGCAUAAGACAGAAAAAAGUAGUUUUGAGAUAAACGCGUUUAAAAUUUCAAAUGAGUAUUUUCUCCAAAAAAUUAGAUUUAAACGUGUACUCACAUUACGGGGAUAAUUACUUAAAUAAGUAAGUUAACUCUCAAAACUAAAAUAUUUUCACUACAACUCGGGUAGACAACUCAGGUAGCAGCUGCUUUUCUACGAACAAUAGAACUAUUCACUGAGCCCACAGACCCUUCUACUUACUUUCGCCGACCUUCAAUGGGCUGUAAAACUUGAAAUACUGUGAAUAUCAUUACCAAAUUUUCACAGUAUAUUCUUAAGAUACUAUACUUUCGAAAUAUUGGAAGAAAAAAAAUCCACCUUUUGAAAAUUCUAUACCGCAAGGUCCCCUUAAACAGCAUCAUCAGAAGGAUUAAACAACAUCAUCGGGAAGAUUAAACAACAUCAUCAGGAAGAUUAAACAGCAUCAUCAGAAGGAUUAAACAACAUCAUCAGGAAGAUUAAACAUCAUCAGGAGGAUUAAACAGCAUCAUCAGAAGGAUUAAACAACAUCAUCAGGAAGAUUAAAUAAACCACAAUUUUCAAAUCAAUAUUUACCAGUGAAUUGUUUGUUUGUCUUUAAUACUGUCGUGUCUUGAAAACAAAAUAUUCAAUUUUAUUUCAAUACUCUUGAACUCUGUAGAAAUCUUGCAUGCAUUGAAAAUCUUUUCCAUCUAAAUUAAUUAUUUGAACCGUUUCCAUCGAGUUUACUGUUUUCCACUCAAUUUUUUAUUCGUGAUGAUAUCUAAAAUUUAACCACGGUACCUAAACUGUGUGCAAUUUAAAUGCAAUAGAAUGGAUUCUACAAGGUUGCAUCAUCGAAGAUUCAAAAUCAGCACGGAAUUGAAGCGGAAAAUUUACUUUCGAAUGAAAAUUUGAAAGUGAAUCAGGCGACUGUGAAAAUAAUAUUUACCAAAUCAUAAAUUACAAUAAUGAAUACAAAAUGCUAUUGAAUUUAAUUUUAACUGCCACCGAUUUAACAAGUAACAUGUAAUUUUUAGAUAGGUAUUGUUUUUUCAGGUUCAUUAAUCGUAUAUUUAGAUAUUGUGUUUGCUAGAAAUCUCAUCUAUUAGUGGUAUUACUAUAUUUUAAAUACACGACCUUAAAUCUUCUUAUAAUUCAGCGAAGUAAUGGAUUCAGAUGGUAAAAUUGUGAUGAGUGUUUAUUUCGUAAAAUUUUCUUAAAAUUCAUCAGUGCAGCAAUUUUAAUCACGAAGAAAUAAUCGAGAGAAAAUACACUAUGGUCUUGAUAAUCAUAUUCACCACGUAUUUAAAAAACAAAAAAAGAGAAAAGAUCCACCUAAAUCUUACCAAAAUUGACUACUAGCAUGACCAUUUUUCAGUUCAUAUUUGAAAAUACAUUGAGAAUUAAAAUUACAAAAUAAUAUUCGAUUAACCACGAAUAAUAUUUCAUUUCGAUAAUUUCCGAAUAACCACACUACUGGAAGUUUAUCAAUUGCAAGCCAUGAAUCAGCGUCCAAGAUUAUCAGUAACGAGAUAUUUGCUCUGAAAAAAUUAAAACUCGAUGCAAAGGUAAUUUUCUCCUCCAGAAAAAGAGCCUCCCAAGCUCGUCGAGCUAUCUAGCUUUUAUCGAUCAGACUAUGAAUUAUAAGUCUUGGAUUUUCAUUCGAAAAAUACUUGCUCGAUACUUUGAGUGAUGGUUAAUCCUUGAAAAAUACUGACUUACUCAUGAACUUCCAGCUUAUCUCUUCAAUUGAAUUUCAGUAAGAAUCAAUAAACAUUCUGAUUCAGUAAAUACAAAGUAAAACUUCACAUGGCUUACAAUUAUUUCUAUCUAACCAGAACAAUGCAUAAAAAUCUAUUUGGUGACUACUUGAAUUGGCUGUCGCGUAUGUUACAUGCUUCUGCUUAUGUAUUUUUAUCUUACACAAAAUCCAAUCAACCCUAAACGGUAUUUUAACAUCGAUUCGUCAUCGCCUCAGGACGAAGACCUCACCGACCUGAAGAACAUAGAGCCAGCCGAAGUCACACGGAGACAAGGCGAUCCGAAUCUGACCGAAGAGGAGGUCACUACAGCAGUGAAGAUCAUACUCGCUCAAGAGAUUCUCAUCGGCAUGCUCGUAGCCGCAGUCACAAUAAUGUUGGCUCUCAUGAGGCCCGGCAAAGAAGAACACGGAGCCCUAGCCCACGGCCUGAUUAUUCGAGACGUAGAACAGAUGACCGUGACCGAGAACCACGCAGACCAUCAUCUACCUCAGGACAUCGCUCUGACCAACGUAAUCCUAUUCAUUACACAUUACAGACAAUCCCGUUCGGCAACUGGAUCACAGGGGAUUAUGAAACGAGAACAGGACCAAUCGCCAUCGUCUGAUGAAGAGUCGCCGACAAGAUUCAACGAGAGAGGUAUUCGUAAUAGGAGUCCUAUCCGCGAGAGACAUGACAGGGAAACUGAAGAAGCAGCUGACCAGGAACUUUAUCGUCAACGACGCCAACAACCAUCGCCCACCCCAGAUGACUCUCUCCCGGGGGCUUCAAAAGUGGUGGUUUUAUGUCCAGAGUCUAUGCCCACGUUACCAGCUUGGAUAAGAUCAUUGGGAGAGCAGUUUGUAUGCGUUGUGACUCCAGAUGACCAAGCACGACGGCAACUGCGAAACCCGCCUCCUCCGCCACAAUAUCCGCGACGUCCAAUACAACCCUUGGGACAUCCAUUUCCAUAUUUUAGCACCUACGCAAACGAUGAAUGGGACGACCGCCGAAUACGAUACCCAUACCCCCCAUACAGAGGACCCUCAAUGGGGGCACCUAGAGGACGUGGAGGAUGGUACAGACAGGGGGAACGUAGAGGACGUGGAGGAAGCAAUUACUAAUGGGUUGGAUGUCAAUGAAGGGAAAUUAUUAUUUAUCAUUUUAUAUAGAACAGGAUGCCAGGGCGAAAAAUUUCCCCCAGCAAAACCAAUUGCUAAAGGAGACACCCGCCACUGAACAACCAAAAUAGUACUGCUGAGAAGAAGAACUUGGAUAUUUUUAUAACCGUUGAUCUCAUACGUAGUCUUUGGUAUUUACUUGCGUGGUCGAUAUUUUGCAAUAUGUAUUCAAAAUUUUUUAUUUUUCAAAGUAAUUGUCGUAUACUUGAUCAUAAACGUUUCUUUCUUCCAAAACGAACAGUUGAAGCGAUAAUAUUUACCACAGUAAUAACACUUGCUGAUACAAACAUUGAUGUGCCAUAUAAUAUGAUUUCAUAAUAAUCAGAUUCUUUUCCUUAUUAUUUGACAUGCGAUACCAUUGACGAAAUAUGAAUUUCAGCUAUUCACCUAUUGUCUAUUAUUAAUUACUUAACACAUUGUAUGCUUUAUAAAAAUUAUAAAUUUUUGCAUUUUUAAAAUGUAACAUGUACAACAUGAAUCGUAAUAGAUGUAGAAUUGACACAUUUCAAUAAUUAAUUACAUUGGGGUAAGAUAAAUUUCACUUUUUUGUUGGGAUCAUUUUACUAAUUACCAAUCGAUUAAUAACGGACCGUAGCACGUAGCGUGCGAGGGUGCGGAGCGGGAGGAUCCGAGUUCCAAUCCAAAGCCUGUCCGACGACCUAAGCGGCAACUCGCAAGAAUUGUAAGAUGUGUCCACGGCGUUCAGGCGCUGUAUCGACGAGCUGGGGCUAGAAUUCGGUUCCGGCUACACCCGGACAAGGUUUUCUGCAGUUUUCCUUGUCCCUUGCGCGAAUGCGGGUGUUUCUAUUUAACAUUGUAAGACGGUCUGCAGACGCAUAAUGGUGUUCCCUAACUUAUAUUAUAUUGAACACUUUAAAUACCUUGGGAAUAUAAUCUAUCGGGUAUUGCGGGAUGGAGUAGUCAUUAUUAUUGUACAAGUCAAAUGUAACACGCUUAACUCAAAUAUACGCUUCACAACGGGAACCAAAA